AUGUCUGAAACCGGAACUCCUGCUCCUGAGACUCGCAAAGCGCGUCAUGAGAAGGUCGCCUUCCGUUUCUGUCGCGAAUGUAGUAACAUGCUCUACCCGCACGAGGACCGUCUAAACAACACACUACUUUACCGUUGCCGUACCUGCCAGGCGACUGAGGCCGCGUCCAACUACUGUGUCUUCCGCAACGUCCUUGGAGGAUCAGCCGGUGAGACUGCUGGUGUCACUACGGAUGUCGGAAGUGACCCAACAUUACCGAGAGCGAACAAGGCCUGCCCCUACUGCAACGAGACCGAGGCGGUAUUCUUCCAGAGUCAGCAGAGAACAGAGGACACGAAGAUGAGGUUGUUCCAUGUGUGCUGCACUUGUGGACAGAUUCACGAGAACUACGGGAAAUAG